GUCGCGCGGCCCCCGCAGCGGCCCCUGAUUGGCUGGCGGGCGGGCGGCGGCGCCCGUAGCGGUGGCUCCUUCCCGCUUCCCUCCUUCCCCCUUCCCCCCUUUCCCUCCCCCCGCAGCCGCCGCCGCUCCCGCCCCGCCCCGCCCGCAGCGCGCGCGGCCGCGCCGCCAGCCGCCAAGAUGGCGUCGGCCCUGGAGCAGUUCGUCAACAGCGUCCGGCAGCUCUCGGCCCAAGGGCAAAUGACCCAACUUUGUGAACUGAUCAAUAAAAGCGGAGAGCUGCUAGCAAAAAAUCUUUCCCAUCUGGAUACAGUGCUUGGUGCCCUGGAUGUGCAGGAACACUCCCUCGGUGUUCUUGCUGUCUUGUUUGUGAAGUUUUCCAUGCCCAGCAUCCCUGACUUCGAAACAUUAUUCUCGCAGGUGCAGCUUUUUAUCAGCACUUGUAACGGAGAACACAUUAGAUACGCAACAGACACUUUUGCUGGCCUGUGCCAUCAGUUAACAAAUGCCCUUGUGGAGAGAAAACAGCCCCUGCGAGGAAUUAGCAUUCUCAGACAAGCCAUAGACAAGAUGCAGAUGAACACAAACCAGCUGACCUCAAUACAUGCAGAUCUCUGCCAGCUCUGUUUGUUAGCAAAAUGCUUUAAACCUGCCCUCCCGUAUCUAGAUGUGGACAUGAUGGAUAUUUGUAAAGAGAACGGGGCAUAUGAUGCGAAGCACUUUUUAUGUUACUACUACUAUGGUGGGAUGAUAUACACUGGGCUAAAGAACUUUGAAAGAGCACUCUACUUUUAUGAACAGGCAAUAACUACUCCAGCCAUGGCAGUCAGUCAUAUUAUGUUGGAAUCAUAUAAAAAAUAUAUUCUAGUUUCUUUGAUACUCCUUGGCAAAGUUCAGCAGCUACCAAAAUAUACUUCCCAGAUAGUUGGUAGAUUUAUUAAGCCCCUUAGCAAUGCUUACCAUGAAUUAGCUCAAGUUUAUUCAACCAAUAAACCCUCGGAGCUUCGAAAUCUGGUGAACAAACACAGCGAAACUUUCACGAGGGAUAACAAUAUGGGGCUGGUAAAACAAUGCUUGUCAUCUCUCUACAAAAAGAAUAUUCAGAGGCUCACCAAGACGUUUUUAACAUUGUCAUUACAAGACAUGGCAAGUCGAGUGCAACUGUCGGGGCCCCAAGAAGCAGAAAAAUACGUCCUCCACAUGAUAGAAGAUGGUGAAAUCUUUGCAAGUAUUAAUCAGAAGGAUGGUAUGGUCUGUUUCCACGAUAAUCCUGAGAAAUAUAACAAUCCAGCUAUGCUUCACAACAUUGAUCAGGAGAUGCUGAAAUGUAUAGAGCUUGAUGAACGACUGAAAGCCAUGGAUCAAGAGAUCACUGUGAACCCUCAGUUUGUGCAGAAGAGUAUGGGCUCUCAAGAAGAUGACUCAGGGACCAAACCAUCCAGUUAUUCCUGAAGUUAAUGUUGCUCACCACUCCGCUUUCAAGUAAAAGCUUAUGAAAGAAUCACGCCUGGAACGGGGCAUUGAGGAGUUCCACAAAGAGAGCAGAGAGAACUGAGCUUUGCUUUUCACCUGGACAUUAAGAACAUAAGAGAACACCCUCUCAGUACUGUAUAAUACCAGAAAUAUUCUCUGCAAAGAAAAAGGAAAUCUCAAAAGAAACUUAAGUCUGUUGUGGAUUUAUUUAUCUUCAGAUUAACAUCGUUAAUGCAUUAAAUAAUCUACCUUUUGUUUUAAAGGGUUUGAAUGUUGCUGUGUUUCUGUAGCAGUCCUUUUUUUCUCUUCUGCAAAAAAAAAAGAAGUGUUAUUCAGGGAAGAAUAGAAACUAGUGUUGGUUCACUUAGAAGAUAAUUACUGGUUCAUUAUUCUGUAUUUAAAGUUGGCUCGAAGUGCAGAUUUAUCCGGUGUGUGGUGGGGGGAGAGGGGUGCAGUUGAAGUAAAUUCUCUACGUUGCGAUUUGCGUCUGCCCAGUGUAGCUGGUGGCUGUCUGUGGAAUGAUGAAAUGAGGACUGUGUUCUUCCCCAAAGGAUGAGCAUGUUAACAAGCCCUUGUGAGGCGAUUUUGCUGAACAGCAGAACGCUACAGGGAAUCCAUCCAUGACAGCAAUUUAUGAUUUAAUUUCAGCUUCUGGUACAAAAUAUCUCCUAAUAACAUUUGCUCUUAGAUUAAACUUACUAGACCUAAACAAAAAGCUACUUGGAAGACCUUGAUGUUCUGCAGGAUUCUAGAGAUUAAAUUGUUUUGCACUGAAAGGAAUUUCACUUUUUGUUCCUAUGGCAUGAAGGUAUCCAACAGGCUAAUGCUUUUCAGCGGUGAUCAGUUUUAAGUGAAGGUGAUGCUACACAUCUUUGUCUCUAAAGGAAAUGAUUCUAAAUGGAACAUGAAUAGAAUUCUCUACAGCUCUCAAAACACAGGAGUUUAUUUGGAGAUACAGGAAUGCUAUCGGGGUUUUAGUUCACUAUUUUAAACGUUGUGAUUGGAUUCUUUUAAGUGUUUAACCCCUUAAAUCAAUGGGCUUUUAAAAGUUCUGUAGUUCCCAUGUAUCUGAAGAUUCUCACUGUUGAAACAUUUUUUAAACACUUUGUGUCAGUGCAAAUCUCCUGCUGUGGGGCACAAAUAAACCUGUCAUUGAGUCAGAA